CGCUACCUAAGGGUUUGAUUAUAAAAACCUUUCAUCGACCAAUUUGGCAAUGUCAAAUCACUAAUCUUUGGCUAACAAUCUCCCCCGGUCACUACACUCAAAACAGCAGCAACCCACUCUGCUCACUGAGUCACUGCACAUCUCCACCACCGUGUUUAAGCCCUCCGUCACCACUUCCGGCCGCCGUAGUUCGUGCCUUCAACACAACGUCAUCUCUCUAGACGAGCUAGGGCUCAAAACUAUGGAGCUAAUGGUGGUCACUUUGAUUAUUGGAUUCUUGUUGAGUUUGUUGGUUUUAGUCCCAAGGUUUAUUAAAUCUGAUCAAACCAAGAAGGUGCAUUCAGAUGCUAACAGUAAGGUUUCAAAAGCAUACAACAAGGCUGAGGUUUCCUUGCACAACAAGAGGACAGAUUGCUGGAUCAUCAUCAAAGACAAGGUAUAUGAUGUCACGCCUUAUGUAGAAGAACACCCUGGUGGCGAUGCAAUUCUCGCUCAUGCUGGGGAUGAUUCAACUGAAGGCUUUUUUGGGUAUGGUUAUGAUAUGAUUGUGUAUCCACUAUCCCUAAAUUUGCUAAUUCAAAUUGUUUGACACUUGCACAUCAGAAACCUACUUGUGACUGGCCGCAGCAUGCAACCCGAGUGUUCGAUAUGAUUGACGACUUCUAUGUUGGAGAGCUAGAAAAAUGAUGUGUUCAUUAUGCAAUUUGUUUUCAUGAUUAGACAUAAAUUCUACUAUGAUUGUCCUUCAUUAUCUUAGUUUGAACAUCAUGAGAUUCUGUUGUUGAUGAAUACAAACAUGUCAUCAUCUUAUGUCUCAAUACAAGCAGUUGCAUCUCCAUAAAGA